AAACCCAAACAUCAUUUUUUUCCCUCUCAUUAUUAUUUCAAGUCACAAUGCUUUAUCCUUGUAAGUUUAUUCUCUUUUUGCCGAUUCUUCUCAUUAUCAUCAUAUCCCAAAAUAGAGUAGUUCAAGCUCGAACGACAUUGACCAAUAGUAAUAACUAUAAAAAGUUGCAAAGGCCAUUCAACAAUUCCGUUUCAGCUAUUUUUGUGUUUGGAGAUUCCACUGUUGAUCCUGGCAACAACAACUACAUAAGUACUCUCGCAAAGUGCAAUUUCCCGCCCUAUGGACAGGACUUUGUCAACCAUAUUCCCACCGGAAGGUUCAGUAAUGGCCGCCUCGUCACAGAUUACUUAGCUUCAUAUGUUGGAAUUAAAGAUUUCGUGCCACCCUAUUUGGACCCAAGUCUUAGCUUGGACGAACUCAUGACCGGAGUUAGUUUCGCUUCUGGUAGCUCCGGCUUUGACCCUCUCACUGCUCAAUUACUCGAUGUAAUUACAAUGGAAAAGCAGAUGGAAUAUUUUAAAGAAUACAAAAGGAGAAUUGAAAAUUCAAUUGGAAAAGAAAAGACAAAAUUGCUAAUAAGCAAAGCAGCAUUUAUCAUAAGUGCAGGGACAAAUGACUUUGCUGUGAACUAUUUUAACACUCCAUUUAGAAGACAAAAAUAUUAUAAGGUGUCUGAAUACCAACAGUUCUUGCUGCAAAUGGUUCAACAAUUUAUCAAGGAUUUGAUGAACGAGGGAGCUCGAGUGAUCGGGGUUGGCGGAGUUCCACCAUUCGGGUGCUUGCCGGUGGUCAUCACGAUAGAUUCCGGCAUUAAUGCACUUCAACCCCGCCGAUGCAUUGAAUCAUACUCUGCCGUUGCAAGAGAGUACAACUUGCUUCUUCAACAUUUACUAAAGACUAUGGAAAUUCCUGGCACAAAAGUAUUCUACGUAGAUAUCUACAAUCCUAUAAAUGAUAUGAUACACACUCCAAUUAAAUAUGGAUUUACUGAAGUUACCAUGGGAUGUUGUGGAAGUGGACUUAUUGAAGCUUCACUUCUUUGCAAUCCAAAAUCAAUUGUAUGUGAUGCACCUUCAAAUCAUAUGUUUUGGGAUUCAGUCCACCCAACUCAAGCUACUUAUUAUAAUUUGUUUCAGGCAAUACGUCCUUCUAUUGAUUUUGCUAUCAAGCAAAUUAGAAACAUUUCGUGAAUGUAUGGUGGUGGAUGUACUACGUGGCGGAGUGUGAAAUUAAAAUAAAAGGAUUUAUUUUUUUUAUAAAAAAAUAAUUAUAUGAAGGAGAUUCAAUAACUUAUAUAUAUGAGCGCAAAUUUAUUUUUA